AUGGGACAAGACUCGACAGCUCUUCGCGUAACAACAACGUCUCCAACUGCACCGCUAUCGAAUGGCGUCUUGUCACCACGCAAUGAGUUUUAUGUAUCUCAGCGUGCUGCCACGGACUUUGAACUCAGUCGUCUUGAUACGCUAUCGCUAGAGGAACAAGAGAUCUUGGCAAAUAUUCAAGAGUUACAGCUUCAACUUAUGCAGCUUCGUGCUGAAGAAGAAGUAGAGGAAGAGGAGAAGAAGAAUAAAGAUAUGACAGAAAAAGUGGUUGGUUCUGGUAGUGGUCACCAGCUUAUUGUCGUUUCCAAUAACUUGCCUGUUUUAUUAGAACGUCAGUCACAAACUGGACGUUGGAAGGCGACCAAGACAACUGGUGGUCUGGAUAAACUCAUGUGCUUGACAGGUGUUCGAAAUGAAAUGAGCUUUUUAUGGGUGGGGUGGGUGGGUCAACACAUUCCUAAAACAGAGCACGAAGCUGUUCGUCGUUUACUAUUGCAACACAAUUGCUUACCUGUAUUUUUAUCACCUGAAGUUGCUUCUAGACACACUGGAUUUUCAUCGGAAGUAUUGUGGUCAGUGUUUCAUUAUGUGUCGGAGUCUGUGCCUUUCAUGUUAACUGCGGGAAGUAAUUCAAGCUUUCAAGUUACGAAACGAUUCAAUAAACAAGAUUGGCGAGCGUAUGAGUCGGCUAAUGAAAGUUUUGCCGAUGCUAUUGCUGAAGUAUACAAUGAAGGAGACUCCGUAUGGGUGCAUGACUAUCAUCUGAUGCUACUGCCGUCGCUGCUACGCCAGCGCAUCCCGCUCUGUCGGAUUGGAUGGUUUCUGCAUACGCCAUUCCCAGCGUCUGACGUGUACUGCCGUCUUCCUGUACGCUCACAGCUUUUAACAGGAGUGUUGCAAGCAGAUCUUAUCGGGUUUCAGACUUUUGACUAUGAACGUCACUUCCUAUCAACAUGCCAUCGACUUUUGGGCGUGGAGUGCUCGCACAAGGGCGUCCGCAGCCCUCUUGCUGACAGAGAUCAUUUCACAUCGAUUGGCAUCUUUCCUAUUGGGAUUAGUUUGGAGCCUUUUGCACGAGCAGCGUCCAGUCUAUCAACGCUUAACCGAGUAAAUGAGCUGCACGAUAAAUUUGGCGGCAAACGCAUCAUUUUAGGAAUCGACCGACUCGAUAACAUCAAAGGGAUACCGCAUAAAAUGCUAGCGAUGGAGAUGCUUCUAGACCGUUUUCCCGAGUGGCAGCAUAAUGUCGUAUUAGUGCAGAUUGGUAUCUCGUCGCGUUCUGGAGUAGUUGAGAGCAAAUCAAUUGGCACAAAUGGCAAAAGCGAAAAUGCUCGGCGACCCAGUGUCAACAUUGCAAGUGGGGAGAACAAAACUGUACUUCCACGCUCCUCCUCAUAUCCAACUAUCGGACCAGGAACUCUCACUGGUACUGACAGUCCUAUGAAAGGUAUGGUUGAGUCCCCACCAGUCGACACGAGUUCUGUUGCAGCUGGAAAGGGUAGUAAUCUCGGGUAUGACGCCUGCCAUCAACUUGAAAUGAGCUCGCACAGCUAUCACAAUAUUGUAACUCAAGUAAACCAAAUCGUGGGUCGCAUCAACGGCAUUUUUGGGACUCUGGACUACGCGCCUAUCCACUUUAUUCAGCAACAAGCAACACCGCAUGAAGAAUUAUGCGCGCUUUACGAUCUGGCUGAUGUGUGUCUGGUAACCUCUACGCGUGAUGGAAUGAAUUUAGUGUCUCAUGAAUUUAUUGUGUGCCAGCAACAUUUCAUGCGCAACAAGGAUGAACGCAAGAAAGCUGUUCGUGCUGCCGCAAGAAAGCCUCGUAUCAUUAACGUGACUGAUGGCGAAUCAACUACUGCUCAUGUGCCGGGAAAGUCCGAAGGGGUUAGCAGCUUAAAUACAGUAGGAGAAAACACAAGGAAUGGUGAAGUGCUUUCUACAGUUUCAUCUCCACAGCAGGCAUCAGCAUCUGUGCUGACGGACUGGGAAGGUGAAGAUGGUGGGCCUGGCGUGUUGGUCGUGAGCGAAUUUGCAGGCUGCUCGCAGUCGUUAAGUGGUGCGAUUGUCGUCAACCCAUGGAAUACAGAAGAUGUAGCUUUGAGUAUUCACCAAGCAUUAAGUAUGUGUCGCACCGAGCGUGAAAUCCGUCAGCAGAAGCUUUAUCGCUAUGUUUCAUCGAAUACUGCUUCGGCGUGGGGGGAGCAAUUUUUGAAAGAGCUCGGUGAAGCUGUAGAGAAAAAUCGCAAAUCAUCAUUUCAACUGCCGAAGCUGGACAAGAAAAAUAUUGUGCAAGCUUAUCGGAGCGCACAUAAUCGCGUGAUCAUCCUGGAUUAUGAUCGGACACUGACACCGCAGCACUCUCUUCUUCCGCUCGCUGCUGUUGGGCCCAAUUUCAAGUCACUACUUGAUGCACUUACUGCUGACGAGCGCAAUAAAGUGUUCAUCGUCAGCAGCCGUGAGCGUAAGUUUUUAGAGACAUGGUUGAACGGCGUGCGCGUUGGUGUUGCAGCAGAGGAUGGCUUCUUUUAUCGUAUGAAUCUGAGCAACACACGUGAGCAGUGGAAAACCAUGAGCAAGUUUCAGUACGAUGUAGCAAUCGCUCGAUCUGGUGGAAGUGCCACUACUGGAGUGAGCAGUACAAAUGGUGGUAGUUUAGAUGCGUCGUAUUCGAGUGAUGCACAGAGUAUGAUGCACAUGAGCAUGGGUAGUUUUCCGACAUACGGACAGCAUGCUUCUGCACUGGGUGCAGAUAGUGCACCAGUUGCGAGUGGGAGUAUUGCUUUGACGGACGAUUCAUUUGGCGGAGAUGACAUGUCUUGGAAGGACUUGGUUUUACCGACAAUGUUAAUGCUUACAGACAGAACGCCAGGGAGCUAUAUUGAAGACAAGGAGAGCUCCUUGACAUGGCACUAUGGCGACGCUGAUCCCCAUUUUGGCAGUUGGCAGGCAAAGGAUUUACAGAUCAUCUUAGAGCGCCAACUUAUUGGUACAGCUCUGGAAGUCUACCAAGGGCACAUGUCGGUUAGCGUAGAGCACGAGGGGUGCACGAAGACGCGUAUCCUCGAGGGUAUUCUGAAGCAUUUGUCGCUUCCUGACCAGAUUGCUAAGAAGAGCAACCACGAGGUUGAUUUUGUCUUAUGCGUUUGCGAUGAUAUGACCGAUGAUCAAAUGUUUCAGACUUUGAACGCCUUGGUGGUGGAGUCGAACGAGCGUCACGAUGAAAGAAAACGAAAAGAGGAGCAAGCGGCAACUGAACGUAUUCGUCGGAACUCGACAGUCGUAAGCAAUCGUGUGUCAGCACACUUUCAUGCACAACCAGUGCCAUCCGCUGCUCACGUAUCAAAGGCAAAACCCCGCAUGCCAAGACCUAGAGGUGGAAAUAUCGUCACGGAUGAUUUGGAGUCGACUAGAAAGCUUGUAGGUGGAACGAAAAAGCGCAAUCAAAGUGAACAGUUGAUAGGAGCUGCAUCUGCUACUGUCCGAGGGCACGAAGACUACUCAACUGACGAUGAUGACGAGUUGGAUGUAGGCGAAUAUUUGGAUGAUGACAACAAGGUAGCGUUCAGUCGGUUGCAAAAGGUGCCUGUGCGACUUGCAAAAAACGUGGCAAUAUUUACCGUAGUAGUUGGCCCAGAUGUGCAACAUAGCGGAGGCCGCCAUGCCUGUUCUUUUGCGGUAGACUCGUUAGCAGACGUGCGGAAGGUUCUUAAAGAUUUCGUCGAAGAAAGUCGCAGAGGAGGGCCGGGGCCAGGCGCCCCGGCGGCAACAGGAGGAGAUAUUGACGCAACAGUCUCACCGCCAUAA